GCCGUUGCGGGCUCUUCCCUUUGAGCGCAACAUGACGACCACAUAGCCGCAACUCAUCCAAAUCGACAAGCAAGGCCGGUGAUAUAUUAUCUGUGGGGAUCGAAUCACCCUUGCAAGAGCGGACCUUGUGACGAUUGAACAGACGGCACCCAAAACACUCAAAGCAUGAGCAGCUGACGCUCAAAACCGGAGCCAACGGGACGUGCACCUCGAGUAUCGAUCCAACUGGCCAUCUAGGACACUCUCUGUCCUCCUUCCCUCCACCGACCCCCCAACCAACUCGACAGCGGCAGACACCGUCACGGAUCUGCUGCAUGGGCAUGGUGUGCCCGGGUGCCGUCCUCUGAGGUAGUACAAAGGCCUACCUUACUUUCAGAUCCUGGCGGCUCCGCCCACCUCGCCACACCCUCUGCAGCCAGCGCAGAGUGCCAGCGCGGCCAGCGUAUUUGAGAUUGAUGCUUCGGAAAUCAAGGCUGAGGAGCAAUAAAUCCACUGCAGUGUUAUCAACCGCGUCCCCCGGGGCAACUACCGGCAGCCCAAGCCUUCGUUGGCACUCCCCCCCAGUCGUUCCUUCUCUGUCCUUCCAUGCUCACGUGCGCGUUGCGCGGACCUCUGCACCUUCAGAUUCACUCCCCGUUCUGUUCACAGGUCGCAGCUGCACCGCCCAGCUGCCUCUUUCCUCUUCCCAACUGCGUGCGCGUCACCCUUGUUUAUUUUCGCGGAACAGACCCCGGGUCACGCUUUCCAAAGUCCUAAAAGCGUUGCCCCGCCGCACUGCACCAGUGGCUCGCGUCCUUAAAUUCAGGACUCGACGAGCACGUCGGUAUUCCUAUUGGUUUCUCUCUUAUUCCCCUCCUUUAUUCCAUUUUGCCUUGUCGCCCUCUUUCAGGAGCCUCAGCCACAUGUGUCAAGAUGGCAACCGCGUCCUCUCGCGCCGGUCCCGACCGAAGGGACUCGGAUCGAAGGGAUUUUGACCGAAGGGACUUUGAUCGACGGAACUCGGACCGAUGGGAACCUGACCGACGGAUUUCAGACCGACGAGAUCGGUCCCGGUCCCGAUCUCGGGAGAGGGAUAGGGGAAUCGACCGUGAUCGCGACCGGGAUACCCGGGGCAGGGGCUGGGAAGGUGAAGGAAAUCGAAGCCGGGGCCGAGAUCGAGGCGAUGAACGAGACCAAGGCAGAGAUCGAGAUAUUGCUCGUGACCGAGGUCGUGACGGUGCUCGAGUGGAACAGCACAGAGACGACUAUUCUAGGAACGUUCGUCGUCCUGUUAGCGAGAGAGUCAGCUCGCCACCGCCUAUCAGACCUGACUCCGCGCCCUCUUCUGUUCGCAACGGUCCCGCCCCAGACCGACGAGGCCCUAACGUUGAGACGUCACCGGGUGUCCGCCAACAGGCCAAGGCGCCGCCUCCCAAGGGCUCUGCGCCACCCCCUGCGCCAAGCCAGGUCUCUGCUCCUACUACUGCACUGCUAGAUCAGACCGUGCGGUGCGGCGUGGACACACUAUGCGAAAGGCUUUUCUGGUACAUGCAGAGAGAGAGAGCCGACGCAAAGUUCAAAAAGAUUAAGUUCGAUGUCGAUCGCUGCAAGUCAAGCUUCGCCGACUAUGCCAGCGCGUACGACGUCUUAUUGGCGCAAAAGGAUGCUGCCUCGCAAGACAGAGACAAGUGCUGCGCCAGAGUAGAUGCCGCGGAUCAGAAGGUUCAGAAACUGUCUCAGUCAAUCUCGGCAGCCAUAAAACGAGAAAUUGGACAGUUGAUCGUCAAGUCGGGUGCUUUGGAGUCCGACAACAAGACGGCAAAGACUUCGCAUCACGAGUGUGAAUCAGAACGAGCGCCUUGCCAAAGUCGGAUAGCAGAACUCGAGGCGCAGCUGCUUGCGCAGAAGGCUCAAAACGAGGCUCUUGAGAAACGCCUCGAAAGUCAAAAGGAAGCUUUAGAAAAACGUCUCGAAAGACUCGAGGCCCAGCAUGUUGCUGGAGUACCAGUGCAGCAGCGAGAACUGGACGACAAGGACAGGGCCCAGCUCGCCACCAUAGUGAAUGAGGGGGUCAAGGAUCUCGUCACACGGGAGCAGCUCAAUCAUGCCGUUGAAGAGCUCGAUAUGCGACUCUCGGCAACGGACAUGCCUCAGAACGAUGAGUCGUCACUCCUCCACGGGUCUGCUGGUGAAAGGACUGGGCGCAAGUUGGCUUCGAUGGAAAAAUUCAUCCAAGGGCUUUGUUCCGAUGCGCCAAAGGAAGACUCCGACGAGAUUCCAGCUUGUAUACGAUCACUCAUGGCGUCGGUCAGUGGUCAAGAGCGAGCCAUUCGAGAGCAGAUCGAGCAUCGACAAGUGACCGAGGUCGCCAUUGAAGAACUGAGGAGCUCACUUGUCCAAACUCAAGAGAAAUCGAGCGCACCGGAAACGCAGCGACAGUCUGUGCUGGAUUUCUCGUCGCGUAGCGACUUGGAAGCAUUUAUUUUGUCGACAACCAAGGAGCCACUCAAGAUUCUUAGCGCCAACAUAGGGCACUUCCUGGACGCGGAGAAGGCCGAAAGGCUAAGGACCGCCAGCGAGGUCAAGCAAACCGCAUCAUCCCUUGCGAAGCUUGAGACGGAGUGUGAAGACUUUCUCAAGACGCAGAAUGAACGACAGUCGGGCCUAGCUUCGGAUCUGGCAUCGCUAGACGGCAGGGUUGGUACUGUGGAUUCUCGCCUAGCGGCUAUCAAGGACGACUCAAGUAGUUUCUUUGACGAACUGCAGCUCCAGAUCAAGACCAUGCAGGCAUGGCAAAACAACUUUACGACGCGUCAGCUGCACGAUGCCAUCCUGGGCGAAAUGAACAAGGUGGUGCCCAAUGGGUAUGGUACAGUUUUGCAGUUGAAGACACGGGUAGAGUCGAUUGAGAACCGGUUGAGGACCGACGAAAGUUGCGGAGCAAAGCGACGCAAGACGGACCAUGAAGGGCCCUUGCCGUCAGACGGGGGCCAUGUGCCAACCUAGUGCUAGGAUUCUCCACGCUGUAGCGUGUUUGUCAGACGGUGAGAGAGAAGGGCAAGCUGUGAUGAGCAGGACCGAUGGCGGCAAGAUUUCUGGUGUUUAGGCGCAAGUGUGGAUCUGGCAGGAACGGUGCUGCGGGAUAUACCCCUUCCUUGGGACAAGACGGGUUGGUGGCUUGUUGCACUGCUGGUUUUGAUGCCUGUUUUUGAUUAGAGUACAAAUGCCUAGGCUGUAG